AGGUUAAAGUUAGGAAAAGGAUUAAGAUUAGCUAUGGAAAAAACUACUUUAGAUGUAAUUUAACACAAUGUAUCCCUUUCUGGCCAUGACCCAGAAGCACUGGGCCCUAGACUGCAAGUUAUUAUAUCCGGGUUAUUUAAAGCAGCUCCAGUUGAGUGUCUUUAUCGGUAGGUUACAUGUACCCUUGAAAUAAUAAACGAAAGAACAAAGAUAACAACUGGUUUGACUUUUGCACGGACAGACAGCCAGCUGGUGGUCAAAGAUGGCAAGUUCCAGGAAAGUGAUUGAACUGUUUUAUGACGUGGUCUCUCCCUACUCAUGGCUUGGCUUUGAGAAAUGUGUGGAACAUUGACCUUAAACUACGUCCUGCGUUCUUGGGUGGCAUCAUGCAAGGAUCAGGUAAUAAGCCCCCAGGUCUGGUCCCAAACAAGUUCCUGUAUAUGACCACAGACCUGCACCGUCUAGCCCAGUACUUCCAGGUCCCCAUCAGUCCCCCUGCUGACCCCUUUGAGGCCAUGUUCGAAAAAGGCUCGCUGUCUGCCAUGCGCUUUGUGGCGGCGGUACAGGAGAGGGAGGUGGGAGGAGAUAAGCAGGUAGAGCAGGUGUCACGGGAGCUGUGGAUGAGGAUCUGGAGCCAAGACAAAGACAUUACCCAGCCUGCAUCACUCUCUGAGGCAGCCAUGAAGGCAGGGCUCUCAGCCAGUGAGGUGGAAGAGCUGCUGAAACUGUCCACCUCUAAGGAAAUCAAAGACAAGCUGAAGAGAUCCACCCAGGAAGCACUGGACCAUAGGGCCUUUGGUUUUCCUCUGGCUGUGUGUCAUGUGAAUGGAAAGGCGGAGGUGUUCUUUGGCUCUGACCGGUUUGAGCUUAUUGCCGACUGCAUAGGAGAGAAGUGGAUGGGACCCCAGCCUACUGCUGCCAAACUGUGACUUGAAACAUGAAACUGGGACGUGACUGGGACUUGAAACCUGUCACAUAUGGAAUUCAUUAAGAUGAAUAAAUAUAAUCGAUAUGA